CGGAGCGGCGGGAUGCGGCAGGGCCGGGCCGCAGGGCUGGCGGGGCUGGCCGCGGUGCUCCUGGUGGCUGCAGGCAGAGCCCAGGUGCAGCAGGAGCCGUGGGCAGAGACCAGGGAUGGCACCGGCAUCAACAUCACCUGCUCACACCCCAACAUCCAGACUGUCGACUCCAUCCGUUGGUACCGUCAUCUCCCAGGCCGAGGCCCCGCAUUCCUCGUGUGGGCUUUAACUGGGUCCAAAGAUGUGACGGACCUGGCAGGGCGGCUAUCGGUGGCAGCAGAGCGCCGGUCCAGCGCCCUGUGGCUCGCCCAGCCCCGGCUUCGGGACGCGGCGGUGUAUUACUGCGCCUUGAGAGCCACGGGGAGAGGAGCCGGGGCUGCGGCCGGGCAGGAACCGUGGCGGGCGGGGCCGGGCGUGUGUGGCGGGGGCGAGGCAGGGGCACAGCCCCCAGGGGGUGCUGCCGCUCUGCCCGCCGGGGCCGCCUUACCGCUCGCAGCCCCGGACGGUCCCCCACCAGCCAAGCCCCAGCCUUGGCUCGGCCCCGCUGAGGCCCCUCAGUUCUCCCGGGUCAGACGCUGGGGGUCCGAUGUGGGUCGGACCCAGCUGGGUGUGAGGGGGCAGGACGGCACACUCAGCAACGUUGAUGUCGGGCAAGGGAAGGGGCACACCUGACUGCAUGAGCUGUGUGUAGCACCAGAGAGACCUCCACGCAGUUCUGCUCCCACUGCUUCUCUCAAGUCACUAACACCUUACAGAGGGAGGCCUGCAAAUUGAUGGGUUUUGAAAUUUGACACACGGCUCAGAGGAUCAGACUUCAUUUUCAGGACACUCCAAGAUGUGCAGAGUUUCCUUCCCUCUUCUUCCACCCUUCCCUUCUACUUUCUGUGCUCCCCUUGCUGGAGAAGGUCCUCACCCCAACAGCUGGCCUUUCUGAACCAUGUGCCCCAGAUACGUGCUUGCAUGUCUCUUUUCUUGAUACCUAAGUCUACUCUGCCACCUCCCCCAUUCCUUGUCUGCCUUGCCUGCACCUGCCUACUCCACUGUCUGGCCCCAAAGCCCUCUUGGGACACCCGAAGGCUCUGGCUCCCAGGGACACCUGAAGGAACAACCCUGCAAGCCCUGCAGACUGCCACUGUCCCUGCAAAGCCUUCCAGGCUGUGUCAGGUUCCUGCCAACAGAUGACCAAAUAGACCUCAAGGAACCACUGACUGGAAUAUUUUGCUUCUUUGCCUCAUGAUCCCUGAGGGCUCGUCUUCCAUACCAGACGCCACUUUUGCAGAAGCUCUUCUUCAGUGAAUACAAACAACACGUUAACACUGCUUCCACCAAACUGUUCUCCUUCCUUCAGACCCAAUCUCAGCUCCUUCAUGGCCGCUUUGAUCCACCCUCGUCCUUUCUUCACCUUUAGCUUUGUAAAAUCUUUUUUCUCCAUGGAUGCCCCACUCCUUCUCUGGUCUUUCCCCCACUGCUACAUUCUCCCUGGACAGCUCAGGAGGGCAUAUGCGGAGGGAAGAAACAUUUACAAACAAGGCUGGGAUGCAGAAAUCUUUAAUGAGUGUACAGAGGAAAAGGAGGUCACUCUGAGCAGAGGCCCCUCAGUGCAGGGAUCACCAGGGCCAACCAAGAGGCAGUGUCCCUCGCCCAUGGCAGAGAUCAUGCAGGGCAUGUGUCUGCUGUUACUGCAGUGGGAGGGCUGGCUCUGAGGAGGCCCACAGCCCAAGGGAGCAGAAGAACACAAAGAAAAGGGAGAGAAGGAGGUAGGUGGAGGGAUGGAAGGAGAGACAUGGGCCGUGUUUUCAGAAAACUCAGGAUAGCCCCUGGUCUAGCUCCUGCCAAUGUUUGCCACAAGAGGUGAGGAAGGUCAGUCAUUCUGAAAGCAAGGGCCUGAAGAUUCCUCCUUUGUCCAGCACCAUGUUCAUAGUUCCUGGGAGAAGAACCCCAGGGCCAUGGCU